AUGGCAACACUUCUAGAUGGCAAAGUUUGCAGCAAAGAGAUCGAGGAGGAACUAAAGGAGGUGAUACCGACUUUAAGCGUAACGCCUACGCUUGCACUUGUUCUCAUCGGUAGCAAUCCGAAUUCUAAAACUUAUGUACGACUCAAGCAGAAUGCCUGUAGACGUGUUCAAAUCACGCCUCAAGUGCACGAGUUGUCCGAGUCCAUUGCGUUCGAGGAACUACUAGCUCUGAUUCAAUCGCUCAAUGUUAAUGUUAAUGUCCAUGGCAUUCUUCUUCAACUUCCUCUUCCUGGGCACUUGAAGUGUCACGAGGACGAGUUACUGGAGACCAUUAGCCCUUUAAAAGAUGUAGACGGACUCCACUCGCACCAUUUUGCACGGUUAGCAGAGCCGAAGAAGAAUGAGAAUGCAGUAGCACCGAACGAUUUUCGGUUGCAACCCUGCACACCUGCAGGGUGUCUAGAGAUACUAUCUCGUAACGGGAUUGAACUGGAGGGCAAGGACGUAGUUGUCAUUGGCCGUGGACAACUUGUCGGACUGCCACUGUCACUGAUGUUGCUGGCUAAAAACGCCACGGUGACCAUUUGCCACACAAAAACCAAGAACCUGGAAGACAAGGUCCGACAGGCAGAGGUGGUGUUCGUGGGCACUGGCCAACCGGAACUUGUCAAAGGUGAUUGGCUUGCGGAAGGAGCGGUAGUCGUGGAUUGUGGUAUCAGCUACGUCGAUGACGACUCAAGCAAGAAGGGCUACAAAAUUUUGGGUGAUGUUGAGUUUACAGCCGCCAGGAAGCGCGUCUCAGCCAUUACGCCUGUGCCCGGUGGUAUUGGACCCAUGACGAUUGCCAUGCUGCUAAAGAACACGGUGGAGUGCGCCAAGUUUGCUGCAUCAAAAAAGUGA